GCGGUGGAUCAAAUAACAUAAAUAACACACAGAGGGUCAGUUUUCUUAUCACACAAACCCUAAAACCUAGCAUAUCUGGAAACGGAAUGCAACAGUCCACAGGUAUCUCAGGUACGUCAGAAAUGGUUGCUCCUUUGAUAGCCGGAAUCGCGCUGGCAGCUGCUGCUUAUGCGGGGAGAUAUAGCAUUCGAGCAUGGCAGGCGUUUAAGGCAAGGCCGCCGACGGCUAGGGUUCGAAGAUUUUAUGAAGGUGGCUUUCAGCCUAGUAUGACGAGGAGAGAAGCUGCUUUGAUUCUGGGGGUUACAGAAAGUACUCCAGCGGAGAAGAUCGAGGAAGCACAUAGGAGGGUGAUGGUUGCAAAUCAUCCCGAUACCGGUGGAAGUCAUUUCCUUGCAUCAAAGAUUAAUGAGGCGAAAGAUAUGACGCUGAGGAAAAACAAGGGUGGCAGUGGCUCUGCAUUUUGAGGGGAAUAGAGUUUUAGAGCUGUUAACCCUUAUCUAGGGUUCAUUCACUUGCAAUACCUUUAGAGCGAGGAAUAAGAGAGAAAAGGUAGUUUUGUUGAUAUCAUUCUUUUAACCCAAUAUUUUCAGACCUAUUUGGUUUGAAUUUUAGUUUAUAAUUGUUUUGUGAGAGAAGCG